GGGAGCGAGCACCGUCCUGUCUGGGGCCAUGGGCACAAUGAGGUCACUGCGCUUCAUUUCUGCAGAAGCCCUGGUGUCCCACCCCGAGGUGGCCCGGCAGAGCCUGGACAGUGUGGCCCACAACCUCUACCCGCUCCUGUUCAAAGCCAGCUACCUGCUGGAGCAGGCGGAGGUGACGCGCGCUGUGCUGGGGCGCUGGCCCCUGGAGGAGUUCCGGCUGGGAGCGCUGCUGGGUCCCAGUGCCGACCACCCCCAGGACCUGCGCGACCGAGCCUGCCGGGCCUGCCUGGAGGCGCUGGUGCGCGGCCUGGCCGACCACGUGCUGCAGGACCGGAGCCGCCGGCGGCUGCGGGUGGCCGAUCUCACGGGCAUCCGAGACGUGCAGGUGCAGCGGUGCCCGUGCGGGAGGGCGCUGGGCAAGUGGGGCCGCACCCGGCUGCUGGCCAGGACCUGCUGUGAGCUGCAGGCAGAGCCCCUCGCAGCCGGGCGCCCCGUCGAGGUCCUCGCCGACCUCUUCGUCACUGAGGGCAACUUCGAGGCGGUGGUGCAGGCUCUGAGGCCAGCGGGCCCGGCCCCUCUGCGGGUGCACUGCCCCUCGUUCCGGGCGGACAGCCUGAGCCCCAGCCAGCUCCUGCACGUGCUGCGUCUGGCUGGCCCGGGUGCCCUGCGCAAGCUGGAGGUGGUGCACAAUGUGCGGCUGCAUGCGGGCCACGUGCACCAGCUGCUGGCCCAGGUGGGCUUCCCCCGGCUGGCCUCGCUCACCCUGCCCACCAAGGCCUUUGAUGCACCCCCCGCCUGCGCCUCCACUCCCGACGGUGAGGACCGCCUCCUCGCCUCCAUCGCGCGGGAGCUCAGCAAGAUGACGCAGCUCACCGAGCUCAGCGUGGCCUUCUCCAGGCUGACCGGGAAGAUCCCGACGCUGCUUGG